AUGGAGAUUGAGCAAACUGGAUCUUUCAAUGAUCAUCCUUCUCUUGAUCCACAAAAAGCGAUUUACAGCAAGAAAGAUGAAGAUCCGAGAGUGCAGUAUAUGAAGAGUUUACUAAAGAAUGUGGGAAUCACGUCCUAUGAGGAUGACGUGAUCCCUAUGCUUAUUGAAUUUAAAAAUGAAUAUACAAAAAGACUAUUGUCCGAAGCAAAGAAUUACGCUGAGCAUGCUCGUCUUUCUCAAAUUUCAGAUCGCUGUAUUAUAGAGGCGGAGGAUUCUCUCAACCGCUCCAACUUUUCGACGAAACGCUAUCCAGGUCAACAACAUCAGAAACACCACGCAAAGAUGAAAACGGAGUGA